GCAGUCGGGCUGCGGUUCCACGUUCGGCAGCGCGCAUCGAGCAGGCCGGGAGCUGAGGAAUGGGCUGCUGCCCCCCGCAGGGACGAGCUCCCGGCCGACCCCCCCGCUCUCCGCCCCUGGCACCCAUGUCCCGGUGCUGAAGGAAGGGAAGCAGACCCCCAGGCCAGUGGAGAAUGAGCUGAAAGGAAUUCCUCAGGAAAAGUCUGACUGGUGUCCGCAUGCUCCCCACCUUCCUCGGACGAAGCCCCGUUAUGAACAGGUGAACCCAGGGGACGUUGAUCUUGAAGAGGCGCUGACUGUGGUGACUGUGGAGCGGGAUGUGGCUGUGAAGAAGAGGGAGAAGAUCCAAGCCAAGCUGGAGAACCUGGAGCAGGUUCUGAAGCACAUGAGAGAAGCUGCUGUCCGGAGUCAACGGUUGGAGCUGGAGUAUGUGGAGGCCUUGGGGAUCCUCAGCACCAAGCAGCAGGAGAUCCGAGUCCUGCAGAAGGCUCAGAUAGAAGUGAAGAGGGAGCAUGAGGGAGCUGUCCAGCUGCUAGAGGCCAAGGUGCGGGAGCUGGAGAAGCAAUGUCAGGCGCAGAGCGAGCAGUUCCACCUCCUGUCCCAGGAGCUGCAGAGGUUCCGGCAGAGUGCUGGUAACAUUGACCUGCUGAACAAACCCGGCUCCCCGUGGGAUAGCAAGCCCCUGACUCAGCUGAAGAAUGGAGUGUCCAGCCCCCUCCCCAAAGGUCAUGAAAUCCCUUCUGCUCACCAACCAGUGAUCUGCGAGUAUAUCAGACCCCUUCCGAUGUCUGGUGUGAAGCCAGAGCUCCUCUCUGUCAGACCUACUCUCCUCCCUCUGUGUACAGCCAGCAGUACAGGCCAAGACCAGCUCUCCGAGCAGAUGGACAUUGAACUCGACGGUGACAACCCCAAGAUGAAGUACACCGGGAGGGUCCGUCUGUGUGUCGCCCGCUACAGUUACAACCCCUACAAGGGACCAAAUGAACAUCCGGAAGCAGAACUUCCUCUCAAGGCUGGGAAAUAUCUCUACGUUUAUGGAGAGAUGGAUGAAGAUGGUUUUUACGAAGGUGAGCUGAUGGACGGCCGCCGAGGUCUGGUUCCUUCCAACUUCGUCGCCCUGCUGCAGGACGAGGACCUGCUGCUCCAGUCCGUGGACACAGAGAUGGACAACAACCUACUGAAUGCUGACGUGAAUCACAUGGACCUCCAUCUCCACGGCGACCACGUGCUGCAGGAUUCCAAAGCGGACGGGCUGUUGCUGAGCCAGCCAGAGCCGUCAGUGUACAACAGCUCAGGGAUGCUGGAUGUCAACAUCGACGAGAUUGGUGAAGAUGUCGUGCCUUAUCCCAGGAGAAUCAGCCUGAUCAAACAGCUGGGCAGGACUGUGAUCGUGGGCUGGGACCCAGCGGCGGUCCCCCCUGGCUGGGGAACCGUGCACAGCUACAACAUCCUGGUGGACAAGGAGGUCCGGAGUAACAUCCCCUCGGGGGGGAGGACCAAGGCUCUGAUCGAGAAGCUCAACCUGGCCAACUUCACCUACCGCAUCUCCGUCCAGAGCGUGACGGACCGUGGCACCUCGGACGAGCUCCGGUGCACCCUGCUCGUUGGCAAGGACGUGUGCGUGGCCCCCACACACCUGAAGGUUGACAAUAUCUCCCAGACAACGGCCGAGAUCUCCUGGCAGCCCAGCAACAGUAACUACAGCCACACCAUCUUCCUCAACGGCGAGGAGUUUGACGUGGUGAAAGCCGCCAGCUACAAGUACCAGUUCUUCAACCUGAAGCCUUGCAUGACGUGUAAGGUGAAGGCAGUCGCACUGCCCCACCAGGUGCCCUGGCAACUGCCCCUGGAACAGCGGGAGCACCGGGAGGGCAUCGUGGAAUUCUGCACACUGCCCACAGGACCCCCUGCUCCCCCUCAGGAUGUGACGGUGCAGAUUGGGUCGACGCCAGGAACGCUGCAGAUCAGCUGGAAGCCCCCCGUGCUCAGCUCCAUGGGCACGUCGAAUGGAGCCCGCGUCACCGGCUACAGCGUCUGCGCCAAGGGUCAGAAGGUUGCGGAAGUGAAGCUGGCCACAGCGGAGAGCGUCACCGUGGAUUACCUGCGGAUACAGAACCUGGAAACCAGGGAGAUCAUCGUUCGGACGGUGUCGGCACAGGGAGAGUCCGAGGACUCGUGUGCUGCAGCCAUCCCAACUGACCUGCUGGGACUUCAAGCCUCCCAGCCGUGGAGUCCUGCCAGAACCAAGACAUCAGCAAGUGCCAGAGCUCCUGAUACCAAAGACCAGCCACUGGGCCCAACACCGCAACGGGAGGAGCCCUGGGAACAAGCACACUCCCCGCCUCUGCUCCAUGGACGAUCCUUGGAGCCACUGUGCCCAACUACACCAACAGGAGCGGCAACAACGAGGUCCCCAUCGCCACAGAGAAUUCUCCCGCAGCCCCAGGGAGCUCCCAUCUCCAACACCAUGGCCAAGGCAAUGGCUCGAGAGGCAGCCCAACGUGUGACAGACAGCAGCAAGGCUGAGAAGAGGAGCAUAUUCAGCCAGAGGAGCAGCAGUUUCCAGCAGGAGAACUCAGACGAGGAGGAGGAUGGUUACGAUGCACAAAGCAUCAAGAGGCCCAGUGCUUCAGUGGAUGAUUUCCUGAGGCGUUCGGAACUGGGCAGACAGCAGCACUAUGACCACGGGGACAGCUACCACUCGGAGAGCAGUCGGGGAUCCGACUUGUCCGACAUCAUGGAGGAAGAUGAGGAGGAGCUGUACUCGGAGAUGCAGCUGGAUGAGGGGGGUAGGAGAAGGCACAGUGCGACUUCACACACGGCCCUGAAGAUCUCCUGUCAGAGUAAGAGUGUUGGAGAAGCUCAGAGGGAGCACCCUGAGGCCACCCCACAGAUGCUGCACACUAACAAACUCUGCAGUAUCCCUGAGGAAGCCGGGGACCCGGGGGGCUGGCAGCUGAGCCCCCCACUGGACGACUCCCACCUCUGGGCCAGCAGCACAGAUCCUGGCCGCUCCGGGCCCGAGGGACGGCGCCGAGACCACAUGACGUGUGGCUGCCCUGUCUGGUCACCUGCUGGGCAGGAGCGGGGACCCAGGGCGAAGUCUGCCUCCGGCAGCACCCACCCCCCGUGGGAGGACGUGGCGGGCAGCGAGUGGACGCGGAGCCCGGACGGCAGGCUGGACAAUGGAAGCCGGCGGGAGGCGGUCGCCGUUCCGCCCCAUCACCACCGGGACCCAGGCACCUCCAGGCACGGCCACCAGAUCCGGCGCCGAGGAUCUCUGCAGAGGCAAGUCAGUGUGGAAGAGGAUUCCUUCAGCGAGGAGGCUUCCGACGGAAGGUGCACGUCAGUCUCAGACCAUGCCCAUAGGGACGUCUCACAACACAGAGCUGGCAGCGCACUGCGGGAAGGAGAGCACCGCGUCCCAGGGCAGGAGCAGUCCGGCCGGACAACUAAAUUACAAACAAGUAACACUAGUGUACCAAAUGCAGUUACUGUAUGUGUCCACAGGGACAAGGAGAGAUCGCUGAUGUUGGGCAACAGCUCGGGAUCUGGCCGCACGUCAGACAGGAUGGAUCACGCGGGCAGAAGGGCCUCCCACGGCAGCACUGGGCAGCGGGUCAGGCCAAUGACAGUGCCCUCCAUCGAGAUCACAGUUGACAGCAACAGCGAGGGACGCCGCUCGCGAUCGGGGAGCGAAGGCCCCGUUUCCCCAUCCCGAGAGGAUGCUCAUUAUCGUCGUCUCACAGGGAGGAGGAAGUGGCCACAUCAACGUAGCACAGCCCCCGAGAAUCGACACGACAGAUACUGCGGGAGAGGACGGCUGUCCCCAGAUCUCUACGAAGAGGCUGAGCCCAAGCUGUGCACUGAAGACCUGCCAACCAGGGUUUUUGUGGCUCUCUUUGACUACGACCCGCUGUCGAUGUCACCAAACCCCGACGCAGCAGAGGAAGAGCUGCCGUUCAAGGAGGGACAGAUCAUCCAGGUCCACGGGACUAAGGACGCAGACGGGUUCUACCACGGAGAGACUGGAGGCAGGGUGGGUCUCAUCCCCUGUAACAUGGUGUCAGAGAUCCAGGCGGACAGCAAGGAAAUGGUGGAGCAGCUGGUGACACAGGGAUUCCUGCCCCUCAACACGCCCGUGGAGAAAAUUGCCAACCCUGAGCGUUACAAAGAGAGUACGCGCUCUGUUAACCGCAGGUCCCGAAAGUCCAAACGAGAACGGAACAGGAGCAGCCGCCGUCCACUCCCCGUCAUCUCUCGGAGGAUGGUGGCGCUGUACGACUACGAUCCAAGAGAGAGCUCCCCGAACGUUGAUAUGGAGGUAGGGACGGACUUCUGCUUCCCAGCCUCCCGUCACACCCCCUCCUGUAAAGGCAAGCUGUCAGAGCUGACAUUCUGUGCUGGAGACAUCAUCAGUGUCUGGGGAGAACUGGAUGAAGACGGGUUCUAUUACGGGGAGAUCAACGGACAGAGAGGUCUGGUUCCCUCCAACUUCCUGGAAGAGGUGCCUGAUGAUGUCGAGGUCUAUCCUCUCCGAUGCCCCCGUCCAGAUACCCUCAGGAGGCACCCGUGCAGGGCAAAGGAAAAGGGCAACUUUCCGUUGUCUGAAUGUGUGACCUCCCCGAGUUACCAGCCUGAAUCAGCGGGCAGUACGUGCCUCCUUGCAGUGACCCCUGCACACUCGUUCAGUCCUUCUGUUCUGCGUGACGUACCUGUCAGGUUUAACCAGUGCUCUCCGAGGUUGUCCUCUGUGCUGUGA